AUGGGUGUACGUGAAGAGAGCAGCGAUUUCUACAGCACCGCUUCCGCUUAUACGAACGCGUUGCAGGAGUCCAGUUACAGCGACAUGGAGCACUUUCACCCCGCUAUGCCGUACAGAUCAGCAGAUGGUCGCCUCAUCUUCGAUAGCAGCGAGCUCUCAGCCAUGGCGGGCAACAAUCGUUUUGUAGCAGGCAACAAGUUUUUUAAUUACCAGCAGUUUGGUGCACUGCGCGAUGGCGGUGGUGUCAGCCUCUUUUCGAGUUCAUAUUAUGGCUUGCUGUUCGCUACGGUGCAAAGCAGUACCAUAUACGCCGUGCUCAGAUAUUGCAUGCGACCGACUCUUAUGCACUCGCUGCUUCUGCAGCGAUCCGAGAGCUCUAUCGUGAUUGAGUGCCUUCUGAGCACUCCUACGACGCUCAGUUUCUUCCUCGGUCUGCUGUCUGACACGUCAAAAAAUCCCACAGAAGAUCAACGCAGCCACUACAUUAUCUAUUACAUGGCUCUCAUCAUAGGUGCAACGUUUGGAACCAUGCUCAGCAAGAUUGCCACGGACGCCCGCGUCAUUGAGCUGUCCCAACGCGAACCGCUUACCGCACGCGGUACUUUACAAAUCAACUACUUGCUAUUCCGUACUGGAACUGAGUGGAUUGGACUCUGGUUGACCGCCGUUCUUGUUCGUUUCGACGAUGACAACCGCAGCUCUACCUUGCGCAUUGACCCUUUCUGGGCUUACGCCUCGCUGGCCAUACUGAGUCUCGUGCCUGUUCCGUUUCUGUUGCGCAACUGCAACGAGCGCACGGUUCAAAACGAGGCUGGUCUGACAUACGAACUUACAGCAGAAGAAGGCAGUAUGGCAACGAUCUCAAUGACAUCUUCUACAACGAGUGCUCGCAUUGCUGCCUUCUUUCGAAUGUGUCAACAGCGAGCCAUGUGGCAGCUCGUACUGUUCUUGUGUAUCCUCUUAGCAACAACUCGCUUUUACUUUGGUUCGGCGAACGCUGUCUUUGUCAGCAUGGCCCGACUUAAUCCGAACACUACACUCAUAACCAAUGCGCUCAAGUACGUGACCACUCUUACUUCCAUGGUCAUGUGGAAAAUGUUUUGGUCCAACUCGUCUUGGCGGCAGUGUGUGUGCCUCGGUAUCGCUAUCAUGGUUGUAACGGAGACCUUUCGUGCCAUCAUGAUACUCUACGUACCGUCGAUCCGUGGUCAGGCUUUUUACGAUACCCUUGGCUGUAUUCCAGGAUUCACGGACGGGAUCAUUACUAUUUUCUCGCUCAUCCCAGCAACCGAGAUUGCCGAGAACGGCUCGGAAGGUGCUACUCAGGGUAUGCUAUUGACAUUUCGGAGUACCAUCGCCAUUGCCAUGCGCACUCUCAGUAGUGGGUGGAUGCCUGACGUGGCCCCUGUGAGUCCUAGUGAUGGGAAAAAUCGAUUGGUAUUGCUGCUUCUCAUCUCAUACGGUGUACACGCAAUGGCUUUCUUCUCAGUCUUUCUGCUGCCCCGCCAGAAGUUGGAUGCACAGCAAUUGCGCGUUUACGGUGGCUACAGCAAACUCGCAUGCGUUGCGAUCUGGGCCAUUUUCAUUGUCUUUUUCGUCUACGCCAUGGUCAUGAACGUCACGGCCAUGGUUGAUAUGGCAAGCAACUAG